CUCUCUCUCUCUCUCCCCCUUCCUCCACCUCCCCCCUCUUCUACAUCUAUCCGUCGCCUUAUCAACUGUCCAUUUCUGCUUCACUGUUUCUUCGAGGCCAUCCCUCCUCGCAUCGCCUCAGGCUAGACAUCGUCGCCACCAGCAGGCACCCCUCGCCCCCCUUUCGCCACUCUUCGCCAUGCUGCGCCCAGACGGCCGGCAGCCACCCGGAAACCGCCGGUUGCAAAUCGACUACAUUAUCAACUUCCUGGGGACACACUUCCCAGAUCUCCAAGUUACAGUGGAUCUCAUUCGCAAGCCAACAACUCACCAAGUUCGGCGAGUGUAUGAAGAGUUCACCACCGCUCUUCGCUAUGUUGAUCGGUCAAAAAUCGGCACACAGGCCAGCGAGUCUGCCCGCGAGCUGGCUUUCAAUCGCAUGGUCAUCGAGGUCAUGGUUAUCUCCGGCGUAGAUGACUUCUCCAUGCGGGACCUAUUCGGGCCCGCCCCCAAGCCCGAGCGCGUCCAUUCCAACCUUUCUCGUCUGGUGACAUUCUACUCGUAUCAUCUUCUGUGCGAGGAGCGACUCAGCCCCGUUGCCAGCACCAUUUCCCAGAGGCGUGCGGAGAAGGAGGCAGCCGAAGAGCAGCUCCGACUGAAGAAGGAGGAGCUGCUCUCAACCGAAGCGGCCAUCGAGCGCGAAAGGGCCGAGGCUGAUGCUCUGCGUCGGGAAAUCGACCGCGAGAACGCCGACAUGCCCCAGGCUGUCGAGCGGUUGAAUGCUCGGUCGGCUGAGGUGGCCAAGCUGCGUGCCGAGCGGGACCAACGGGUGGCCGAGUUGGAUCGCGCCCAAGCCCUUGUUGAGUGCAUCCGCUUGCGGGGAGAGCUUGCUCAAGAGCAGCGACUUCUGGCAGUGGCUACUCGGCGAAAUGGCCAGCUGCGUGAGGACCUCGAUGCUCUUGCUCAGCGCGAGGCUGUCGCCGCACGUGCAGUGGCCGCACAUGAGCGCCUCAUCGCCGCCAAAGGCCGAACCGCCCAGCUCGAGGGGCAGAUCCAGGAGCUGGAUAUGGAUCUCCGCCAGCUUGGUGAUGAUCGUGCGGCACUCAAUGAGGCCAUCAGUCAACUUGAGGCGCGCCAGGAAACUCUCGAGGCAGAUCUCCAGCAGGAAACCGAGCGCCGGACGCGCGAGCGUGCCAGCCUUACCGCUCUGGAGGAGGACCUGGAGGUCAAGCGCCGGCGUGUUGUGUCUGAUAACGCAAGGCGUCAGAGCAUCAUGGAGCAACUCCGCCGUGAGAUGAAUUCAGUCAACUGGAGCCUUCGUGAUGAACGUGCGCGACACGAAGGUGAGAUCGCCGAUUUCCAGGCUGACCUCCGACGGAUGGCCCGGCAAGUGAGGGCAUACGGCGCACAGCUCCAAAGCGCUCUCCAAAGCGCCCAUCCUUCAGCCGGUAUGCAGCGUUUCCUCGAUGGCGGGAACUACCAUGAUGGCGGGCAUGACAGUGGUCCUGAUGGGUAGGCGCCUCACUUGUGGGGUAGUGAAUGUACAACAUCAGCAGAGAAAAGUGCGGGGCGG